CGUCAUUCAAACGAAGCACCCUAAACCUGGCUGGAAGAAAUACGCAACAGAUAAAACAAGAACAGUUUGUAAAACAAAGAAAAAAAAAUAAACAGUUACAGUCAUGUCUGUGAACUACGCUGCAGGACUAUCGCCUUACGCGGAUAAGGGUGUUUGCGGUCUACCUGAGAGUUUUGAUAAUCCGGAGGAGCUAAAAGCAAAAGUGGAAGCCCUCGCUCAGCUGAUUAAAGAAUCUCAGUACUUGGUUGUCCACUCUGGAGCUGGAAUUAGCACCUCAGCAGGCAUCCCUGACUUCAGGGGUCCCAAGGGAGUGUGGACUUUAGAGGAAAAGGGUGAGUCGCCGCACUUUGAUACCACCUUUGAAGAUGCGCGCCCCAGUUUGACUCACCUGGCCCUCCUGGGACUGCAGCGGGCCGGAUACCUCAAGUAUCUCAUCAGCCAGAAUGUAGAUGGUCUGCACGUUCGAUCGGGCUUCCCCAGGGAUAAGUUAUCAGAGCUUCAUGGAAACAUGUUUAUGGAGGAGUGUGAGAAAUGUGGCAGGCAGUACGUCAGAGAAAAGGCGAUCGGUGUGAUGGGUCUGAAACCGACGGGACGUUACUGUGAAGUGGUGCGAUCCAGAGGGCUGAGGGCCUGCAGGGGGAAGCUGAUCAGCUCCAUACUGGAUUGGGAAGACGCUCUUCCCGACGGAGACCUGAACAGAGCAGAUGACGCAAGCAGACGAGCAGACCUGGCACUGACUCUGGGCACGUCCUUGCAGAUCAAACCCAGCGGGGACCUCCCACUCCUCACAAAGCGCAAAGGAGGGAAGGUGGUUAUAGUCAACCUGCAGCCUACUAAGCACGACAAACACGCCCACCUGCGUAUCUACGGCUAUGUGGACGAGGUCAUGAAACAGCUGAUGGAGCUGAUGGGUUUGGACAUCCCAAAGUGGGAGGGGCCGACUGUUUGCGAGAGCUCCGGCGACCCAUCGGAGUCUCUGUCAGAUAUCAAACCACCUCGUACUGUUUCUGUCAAAGAAAAGGUGAAAAAGGAAGAAAUCAAGGAGGAGAGGAAAAGACAGCUAACCGAGGAUGAGGAGAUCAAAGAGGAGUCGGUUUCAGUAAAGCGAGAGCGAUCCACCUCGUCACAGGAGACAAAUGAAGAGAAAUAGCAUCAGAAACUCGUCUGAAUUUCUGUCCUCACAGCUGCAGCAAUCAGACAGACUCAAGUAAAAACUGAUGCGUGUCUAAUAAGAACACAGAUAAUGGUGUAAAAUGAUGGCUUUUCUUCUUUUUAGUGCAAACUUUUGUUUUACUGCAAGUGUUUAACAGGACAGGGCGAGCGGAGAUCUGGAGCACAUCAUUACGGUUAAAGUUUUUAAUAAGGUGUGUAAGAUCGCUGCUCCUCAUUAAUAUUUAUAGCGUGUGCUCCAGAUCUCGUCCCUGAAGAUCUUUGCCUUUUAAGUCUCCUUGGUUUGAUGCGUUAUAAAAGGAAUAUGAAGCCAGUUCCUCCAUGUUUGACUGACUGGUGGCUGCUCUGUGUACAGUGAGUCUGAGGGAUUUUAGGUCAUGUUGGAUUUUCAGAGCAUAACUGAAUCGUGAUAAUUCAGAGGGUCUUUCUAGGAAUUACAUUUUACAGCAGGGGAACUAAAAUCUGUGUACUUCCUCAGAAAAUAAACAUCUGUAGAGUUUUUUUGGGGACAGGGGGGUGUUUUAUAUUAAAUGUUGUAAACAUAUUUACAUCUUUUGGCAAUAAACAUUAAAACGGAA